UUGUCUGCCUGUCCCUUUCUUUGUAGUUGUCCCCCUUUUCUUUCUUUCAAGAGAGAAAAAAAAAUAAAUAGUGAGCAGUAUGAGAUUCAGUUAAGAAGAUCUCAGAUCACGGCGCGUCAGGGCGCAUCGGUGCGUUAGUUAAAGAGAGAAAGAGAGAGAGAGAGAGAGAGAGAGAGAGAGAGAGACGCGGUGGAGGAUCAGAGACCCUCACAGUCAUGCUCGUGUGCAUCUGAUAUUGUAGAGAAUUAUGAUGGGAAUUCAUUAAGGCUUGUUCCUGAUCCACGUGCGCGCUUCUCCGAUAACACGGUUUCUUCGGCUGGGAAUAAACUUUCACAUCCCGCUCGUUGUAUAUCAGUCUGGGCAGAGCGGAUCUGGUGGAUCACAGGUUUGAGUGUCAGAAAUGAGGGAGAGGUUCGCGGUUCAUCUUCUCGUCUUCGCGUUGACGCUGUUUUGGCACACCAGGUCAGUGUCCGCAGAUGCCACAACAGAUGCCUUCAAAAACAACAUCACCCUCUUCACACGCAUCCUAGACCGCCUGCUGGACGGAUACGACAACCGGCUGAGACCCGGACUGGGAGACCGAGUUACCACAGUGAAGACCGACAUCUACGUCACCAGUUUCGGCCCUGUUUCAGACACUGAUAUGGAAUACACUAUCGACGUGUUCUUCAGGCAGAGCUGGAAGGAUGAGCGGCUGAAGUUUGAGGGACCGAUGAACAUUCUGCGCUUGAACAACCUGAUGGCCAGUAAGAUCUGGACGCCAGACACUUUUUUUCACAACGGGAAGAAAUCUGUCGCGCACAACAUGACCAUGCCCAACAAACUGCUGCGGAUCCAAGAUGACGGCACCCUGCUGUACACCAUGAGGUUGACAGUGCAUGCUGAGUGCCCGAUGCAUCUUGAAGAUUUCCCCAUGGACUUCCACUCCUGUCCGCUGAAAUUCGGCAGCUAUGCUUACACGACGACAGAAGUGACGUACACCUGGACGAAGAACGCAUCCAACUCUGUGGUGGUAGAAGAGGAGAGCUCUAGACUCAACCAGUACGAUCUUCUGGGACAAACUGUGGGGAAUGAAACCAUCAGAUCCAGCACUGGUGAAUACACUGUGAUGACGGCCCACUUCCACCUCAAGAGGAAGAUUGGCUAUUUUGUGAUUCAGACGUACCUGCCGUGCAUCAUGACUGUCAUCCUGUCCCAGGUUUCCUUCUGGUUGAACCGAGAGUCUGUUCCCGCCCGCACUGUUUUUGGCGUGACCACUGUACUGACCAUGACCACUCUGAGCAUCAGCGCCCGUAACUCUCUGCCCAAAGUAGCCUACGCCACCGCCAUGGACUGGUUCAUCGCCGUGUGCUACGCCUUCGUCUUCUCCGCCCUGAUCGAAUUCGCCACCGUCAACUACUUCACUAAGCGUGGUUGGGCUUGGGAUGGCAAGAGCGUGGUCAACGACAAGGUAAUGAUCAUUAAUCAGCGCCCAGCAGGUCUGUGUGCUGUUUGGUUGGGUGGCGUAUAGAUUAUAUUGAUUGAC